GUUCCCCAGGAGGGCGGUCCGUGCGGACACGCUGCCUGCGCGCGGGGCACGCCGGGAGUAGUAGUCCGAGAAGGUACUGCUUUGCAGAGUCUCCGGAAGUGGGGGCGCGAGAGACCCGACGGACCCGGCUCGCUGUAGCUGGACGCCAGACGCUGGGGUGCUGCUCUGGGGCGGGUCAUGAACGGGCCGGCAGACGGUGAAGUGGACUACAAAAAGAAAUAUCGUAAUCUGAAGCGGAAGCUCAAAUUUCUCAUCUACGAACACGAGUGCUUCCAGGAGGAGCUGAGGAAGGCGCAGAGGAAAUUACUGAAGGUUUCUCGGGACAAGAGUUUUCUCCUAGACCGACUUCUGCAAUAUGAGAAUGUGGAUGAAGACUCCUCUGACUCAGAUGCCACCGCAUCUUCAGAGAACAGCGAGACAGAGGGAACACCUAAGUUGUCUGACACACCAGCCCCCAAAAGGAAAAGAAGCCCUCCGCUGGGGGGUGCUCCCUCCCCCUCCAGUCUCUCCCUGCCUCCUUCAACAGGGUUUCCCCUUCAGGCCUCUGGAGCCCCUUCCCCAUACUUGAGCUCGCUGGCUUCUCCCCCUUACCCCCCAUUCCCUUCUGACUACCUGGCCCUGCAGCUGCCCGAGCCCAGCCCCCUGAGGCCCAAGCGGGAGAAACGACCCCGCCUGCCCCGGAAACUCAAGAGCGAGCACUCUGGCUGCAGUGUGGAGGAGGAUCUGGAUCUGGGAGAGGCUGAAGGCAGGGAGUCCAGUUAGGAGGCUGGUCCCCUAGCACAGAUGGCGGUGGGACCCCCUGACUGCCCUGUGGGCGGGCCACUGACCUUCCCUGCCCGGGGUCCUGGAGCUGGGGUUGGAGCCGCCCUGACCCCCCUGCCCCCUCCCAAGAUGCCCCCUCACACAAUCCUGAGCACCGUCCCGCGGCAGAUGUUCAGCGAUGCAGGCAGUGGAGAUGAUGCCCUGGACGGGGACGAUGACCUGGUGAUUGACAUCCCGGAGUGACCACCCAGCGUCUUCUGCCAAACCGCUGGCCAGCACCCCCUCCCUGUGCCAGCACACAUGAGCCCCAGCUUCCUCAGAGAUGUUUAUUGACGCCCAGUUGCCAUGCUUCGGCCACUGACACAAUCAGAGAAGGCGUAAACAUGCACGAGUGUCCCCCAGGAAGGUGGCAGGGGCCCUGCCCUCACAUCCCAGCCCCAUCUAGGGGACAGCUAUUUAAAUGAGUGGCCAGAAGCAUCUGCUACCUCACAGGGAGGCAGAGACCCAGUGAUGGCCACCCCUUUAGAAGGGCAGCUGUACAGGGCUAGGACUUUUGUGUAUUAAAGGAGUGGCUCUUC